AAAAAAAAAAGAAAGACCACUUUGUGAAUCACUGGUUUAAAAAAGGCAAUAUCUUUCUUGCUGAGCUUCUAUAAAUAGAUCUAAAUGUCCUAUGUGUAGGCUUAUACACAGUUCAAAUAAAGCGCGCAAACAUUUAAUUAAAUUAAAUGACAUUUUGUGUGUGUGUGUGACAUUUAGUUUUUACUAGUAUAAAACUGUUAAGGAAAUAGCUACUUGUGAACUAAAUGUAAGAAAAAUGAUCAUAAAUGUUUACCUUUAUAUCUGCUUGAUUUCAUUUGGGAAAGUACAUUCAGAUGGGGAGAUAAUUCAAGAAGUUACCAGGUACUACAAACACAAUCCAAAGUGUUGUCUCUCUUUAAGUGAGCUGAAAACUUCUGGAGAAUGUGCCAACUACUCUAAAGAUGACAGCUUUGAAAGUGCUAAAGCUAAGAUCGAUAUAGUGGCAGAACCAUCCAAGGAAUUCUUGAAAUCUUUUACAUGCUCGUCAUCACCGUCAGAGAUUGUCGCCGGGGUGACAAGGUCACUCGUUGUAGAAUGCUUGCUUUCAAAUCACAACGUCACUGCAUUGCCCUUCGUGAUGUCCUUGACCCUGUCACACUCCAACAGCACAGGGGAUUCAGCGUACACACACAUUGCUACCCUAAACGGCUUUGAUUCACACAUUUCCGGGGACGCACAAACCUCUUUGGAAGCUCAGACCCAUGGUGCCAUCAACACAACGGGAGAUUCCUUUCUACGAGUAACCUGGGCAUACCCGAUAGCAAAUAGAGCUGGGGAUUACCGAUGUGAUGCCAUAGGGAUCAGCGAGUCUGGAAAGCCCGCACGGCUAUCGACUACUUCGAAAGUCACGCUUGCAAGCCCUGAGAGUGAGAAGGAACGAAUUGUGGAGAAAUUAAGGAAUCAAUCUAUUCUGAUAGAAACACUUGAGACGACACUAAAUCGAACAAGCUUUGAAAAUAGUCAUGCGAUUCUCGAUUUAGAAAAAGAAAUUCAAAGUCUGAAAGCGGCAGUGCAACAGCAAGGGAAUAGACUUAAUCAGUUUAUUCCGAUGAGUUUGCCUGUUCUGAAAAGCAUGCUCUUCACUCCGUCCCCUAUGUACAACGGGCGAAGGUACUUCUUAUCACAAGCGAAAUUUUUUUUUGACUCUAAAACUGCCAAGUCCAACUGUGAAUACUUCGGAGGUUACCUGGCAGAAAUAGACUCGGCGGAAGAAUUCGGUUUUGUGAAAUCCUAUUUUUUGGCUUCCAUGCCGUCUAGGUUUGUCUACAUUAGUGGCACGGACGAGGCUCAGGAGAAGGUCUGGGUGCACACUCACAGCAAAACUCCAGUCAGGUAUCUCAACUGGGGAAGCAACGAACCGUCUCAUGGAAGGGAAGAGAAUUGUGUAGGAUACGACGCCAGGAGGGUGUUGGUGGACAUCCCAUGUAAUUACUACGCUGAAACAUCCACCUACAUCUGCGAAAUACCUGAAUAGUGCAAUUGUUCUAUUUUAUUCUUAGUCUAUCUAUCUAUCUAUCUAUCUAUCUAUCUAUCUAUCUAUCUAUCUAUCUAUCUAUCUAUCUAUUUAUCUAUCUAUCUAUCUAUCUAUCUAUCUAUCUAUCUAUCUAAAAUGUUUAUAUGUCUAUAAAUUUUAUCUAUCUAUCUAUCUAUCUAUAUACCUAUCUACCUAACAAUCUAUCUAUCUAUAUGUGUUUUAUAUUUCUAAUGGACAAAUUUGUCUUUAGCAUUUAUAGUCUUUAUUGUCUUUAGCAUUUAUAGUCUUUAUUGUCUUUAGCAUUUAUAGUCUUUAUUGUCUUUAGCAUUUAUAGUUUUUAUUGUCUUUAGCAUUUAUAGUCUUUAUUGUCUUUAGCAUUUAUAGUCUUUAUUGUCUUUAGCAUUUAUAGUAUUUAUUGUCUUUAGCAUUUAUAGUCUUUAAUGACUUUAGUAUUUAUAUUUAUAUAAAUCUGUAAUAGCUGUAGACCAAUAACAAUAAAUCUAUGCGAUUAA